AUGUAUUCCAGUGCCGCAGAUACACCUGUGUUUCUGAUAUUUCCUCCAGAAGUCACUGUCCCAGACAUUCAGUCCAUAGAAGUUUCAGAAACAAGCUAUGGUUCUCACAUCCCUGAUCCAAAAUUGAUUUCUGCAAAAUUGAAAGUCAUAGGGAGUGUCCAGAUCCUGCUUGGACUACUGAACUUUUCUUUUGGAGUUGUUUUGCUUUUCAUUCUUGAAAGCCCACAGCCAAGGUUCCCCUUUAUAUUUCUUUCUGGAUAUCCCUUCUGGAGCUCCAUUUUGUUUGUUAAUUCUGGAGCCUUCCUGGUUGCCCUGGAAAGAAGAACCACAGAAACUCUGGUGAGGAUGAGCCGGUUAAUGAAUUUGCUUAGUGCGGUGGCAGCCAUGGCUGGAUUGUUCCUCCUUACGUUCGCUUUCAUUCUCGAUCAAGACUACUUAUGCGGCUUUUCUAAAAACACUCAACCGUGCCAGGCAGUUACCACCUUAUUCGUUGGCAUUUUGGUUAUGCUGAUGACAUUCACCAUUAUUGAGCUGUUCAUUUCUGCAACCAUCUCGAUUUUGGGGAGCCCCACUGUCUGCUGUGAUAAUGAGGACCGGCACUGA